UUUCAGUGCAUAUUUUUGGAAGCUACAAUGGUACAGUCUCCUUCUCUCUCAGGGAAGAGAUAAAGGGAGCUCCAAUCACCUUGCCAAUGUGGGAAAGGGCAGGCAGCUGGAGUGACCACUGGUUUCUCAUCACCUUACCAAUGCCAGUGCUUCAGAACCGGUUUCAGCUGGAACUCCUGGCAACCUGGGGCUGGAAUUCCCAAGCUGACAUUGCUAUUGACAACAUUACAUUUGGCCUGGACUGCAUCACUGAAGCAGGAAGACAAACGAAUCACUUUGGUGGGAAACGCCAGUACCCACGUGAGAUUGGGAUCCUGGCUGAGCAUCUCCUGAGACCCCUGGAAGAGCCCUCCCUCCCAGGGGACACAACUGUUGUUCUGUGGUGGUUCUCAACAUGUGGUGCCAGUGGUCCUCAUGGGCCAACUCAAGCUCAGUGUGACAGUGCCUACAAGAACAGCAAUGUGUCAGUGACAGUGGAGAAGGAGGGCAGGCUCCGGGGAGUGCAGGUCUGGAGAGUGCCAGCCACAAACAGAUACAGGAUUUCUGCCUAUGGAGCAGCCGGGGGGAAGGGAGCCAAAAACCACAACAAGAGGUCCCACGGGGUCUUCAUCUCAGCUACCUUCCACCUGGAGAAAGAUGAGCUGCUGUACAUCUUAGUGGGGCAGCAGGGGGAGGAUGCCUGCCCUGGGGGCAAUCCUGAAACCCAGAAGAUCUGCUUAGGGGAGUCAUCUCUCAUUGAAGAAGAUUACAAAAAAAAAAGGGACCUGAAGGAAUGGGCUGGAGGAGGUGGGGGUGGAGGAGGAGCAACCUACAUCUUUAGACAGAAGGAUGGGAUUUUCGAACCUUUGCUCAUCGCAGCAGGAGGAGGAGGAAAAGCCUACCUGAUGGCUCAGGACAACUCCCUGGAUGAGGCACCCCUGGAGCAAUUUGAGAACAGCACUGCAGUACCUGGAGUCAGUGGGAGGACUGGGGCAGCAGGUGGAGGUGGCGGCUGGCAAGAUGAGAGUCUGCUUCCUCAGGCUGGGAAGUCUCUUCUGGAAGGUGGAGAAGGAGGUCAAGCUUGUCCCCAAGCUCUAGCCAAGCUCCAGUGGACCACCUCAGGUGGUUUUGGUGGAGGAGGAGGAGCUUGUACUUCUGGGGGAGGAGGUGGAGGGUACAGAGGGGGACAUGCCUCUGAUAGUGAUGACAUCACAGCUGGUGGCCAGGAUGGCAUCUCUUUUGUGAACCCCAUAGGAGAGAUCUUCUUGCAUCCCCUGGCAGCUGUGGAGAGCCAUGGUGAGGUGGAGGUUCAGAUCUACCUUAACUGCAGCCACUGCCACUCAGACAGCUGCAAGAGGGACCCUGACACCAACCUGCCAGUGUGCCAGUGUGAGAUGGGGGCAGUGCUGGCCAACGACAACGUCACCUGCACUGUGCCCCAGGGUCCUAUACCAGAGGGACAGCUGCCUCUCCCCCUCCUCUUGGCAGUGGUGUCUGUGAUUGUGGUGCUUGGAAUGAUCCUCACUUGUGGCAGCCUGUCUAUCAUUUAUCACCUGAAGAAGCAGCAGCUGGAAGGAUCCAGAGCACGACUGCAGAGCCCAGAAUACAAACUGAGCAAAAUCCGUACGUCUGUCAUCAUGACCGAUUACAACCCCAACUACUGCUUUGCAGGCAAGGCCGCCACUCUGAGCGAGCUGAAGGAGAUCCCACGGAAGAACAUCUCUCUGCUUCGGGCACUAGGACAUGGUGCAUUUGGUGAGGUUUAUGAGGGAACUGUGGUAGGCAUUGCUGGGGACCCCAACCCUCUACAAGUGGCUAUCAAGACCCUGCCAGAAGUCUGCUCUGAGCAGGAUGAGAUGGAUUUCCUGAUGGAAGCAUUGAUUAUCAGUAAGUUCAAUCACCAAAAUAUCGUGCAGUGCAUCGGUGUCAGCCUGCAGACGCUGCCUCGCUUCAUUCUGCUGGAGCUCAUGGCUGGAGGAGACAUGAAGAGCUUUCUCCGGCAGAACCGACCCAGGAUGAAUCAACCAUCCACGCUAACAAUGCAGGACCUGCUGAAUAUAGCUAGGGACAUUGCCUGCGGCUGUAAAUAUCUGGAAGAGAAUCAUUUCAUCCACAGAGAUAUAGCUGCAAGGAAUUGCCUUUUGACCUGUACUGGAGCAGGACGAAUUGCCAAAAUUGGUGACUUUGGAAUGGCCAGGGAUAUUUACAGAGCAAGUUACUACCGCAAGGGAGGAAGAGCCAUGCUUCCUGUCAAGUGGAUGCCACCAGAAGCUUUCCUAGAGGGCAUUUUCACCUCCAAGACUGAUACCUGGUCCUUUGGAGUGCUGCUUUGGGAGAUUUUCUCUCUAGGCUACAUGCCCUACCCUUGCAAAACCAAUCAGGAAGUGCUGGAAUUUGUCACCAGUGGAGGAAGAAUGGAUCCACCAAAAAACUGUCCAGGGCCAGUGUACCGGAUCAUGACACAAUGCUGGCAGCACAGUCCAGAGUAUCGGCCAAACUUCUCUACCAUCCUGGAAAGGAUCAAGUAUUGCACACAGGACCCUGAUGUGAUCAACACUGAGCUGCCCAUGGAGUGCAGCCCCGCACCAGAGGAGGAAGGGAGUACAGUCAUGCGCCCAAACAUUUCCAGUGGGAUUGUGCCACUGCUGGUAAGCCCUUCUCUCACUCCUCAGACAACACCUAAGACACUGGAACCCCACCAUGCUGGGCACAGACUUGUACCAUGUCCACAAGAGCUACUGGUGGAGAACCUGAGCAACCGCACUGCCCGAGGGCCCAGCCUGCCAUGCCUCAGUGAUUUCAACAGUGGGUCGUGGUUCCAGCAGACCUCAAACCAGAAGCUGGAGCUCAGCAACCCAUCGGCCCACAGACUUAAAAACAAAACAAAAAAUCUUUGGAACCCAACCUAUGGAUCAUGGGUGCUAGAGAAUAUCUGUCACUUCAGCCCCAGCUCCAAGCUCAAAGCAAAUCCAGAGCGGGAAGAUUCAGGCUUUGAUGGGAAUUGCAGUUCUCCUAGCUCUCGGGCAUCUCCAGCAUCUCCAAGUCGAAAUAACUGCCCUCACCUGGAUAUCAGUGGGAUUGAACUGGUGAAACUCCAGACUUUCCCCUGUGGCAAUGUAAAUUAUGCUUAUGAUGACCUGUGCUAUAGUGCUGAGCACCAGCCAUCAGCCUUGGCAGAGGUCAGAGCAGCUGUGCUAAGGAGCUCCAGUCUGCACAGAAAUGAAAAGCCUUUUUGUAAAACAGAGAAGACAUCGAGAGAGAGAGACUCUGGUCUGUCUUUGUCAGAUGACCUGAGUGUUACUCCAGUAUAGUAGAAAUGGUUCUUCCAAAGAUCAGGGAAUGUGUGUGUCUGGAAGGACUGCUUCCUGUUUCACUUACUUGCUCCACUUUAGUUCCAUCAGAUGGAUGAUGUUUCAACAUCAGCAAUGUUCUUCUUCCUCUGUCUACCUGCCAGAUCCCAGAUUGUUACAGACACUUGCAUUUCUGUCUCUGUCCUUCAAAUGUGUUCCACUGAACCAGCUUAGAAGUGGAGAACAAUGGCAUUGUUUGUCUGAUUCAGAAUACAGUUCCUAAGGAAAGAACUCC